AUGGCUAAGCGAACAAAGAAAGUUGGCAUAGUAGGAAAGUAUGGUACUCGCUAUGGUGCCUCUCUCAGGAAAACUGUUAAAAAAAUGGAGGUUACACAGCAUUCCAAAUAUACUUGUACAUUUUGCGGAAAAGAAUCCAUGAAACGAACAUGUGUUGGUAUCUGGAAGUGCUCAAAAUGCAAUAAAAUUGUCGCUGGUGGUGCAUAUGUAUACAGCACAACAGCAGCAGCAACCGUAAGAAGUACAAUUAGGCGUUUGCGCGAGGCGAAGGAAUGA